AUGGACACUUGCUCCUCUUCCACUCUGGGGGGCCUGAGGCUCCUGGCCACCCUCCUGCUGCCUUUGCUGCCACUGCUGGUCCCUGUGUGCGGGAAGAUCGCGGUAUUGGGGAAAAUUAUGGGGGGCGACACAGCUUCUGAGAAGAGGUGGCCUUGGCACGUCAGCCUGUGGCUGGAAACCCGUCUCAUUUGUGGAGGGUCUCUCAUUCACUCCAAGUGGGUCAUCACAGCAGCCCACUGCUUCCGAAAUUCCAAUGCUACAGAUCUGUAUUCAGUCCUCAUGGGCAGCAUACAUUUGCGGAGCAAAACCUCAGUACGAGUCCCAGUGAAAAACAUUUUCAAACACCCCAACUUUUCCAGUCAAUACCCACAUAGAAAUGACAUCGCCCUGGUGGAACUGCAGUCCGCGGUUGGCUUCUCCGAAUUCAUCCUUCCUGUUUGCCUGCCGACUCCUGAAUUUCAUUAUGAAGAGAAAUCGUCUUGCUGGAUGACAGGUUGGGGUGCUCUCAUAACAUCAGAUUUCGCGCCACUAUUGCCUCCUUCGCUCCAGGAGGCCCAAGUCUCUAUCAUUGACAGUCACUCGUGCAAUGUCUUUUUUGAGUUUCCAGAGAAGGGCAUCAAGGCAUUUAAGAUGAGUGAUGACAUGCUGUGUGCCGGGGACCUCGCCCGUCAAAAGGCAAUCUGUCCGGGGAUGAUGGGGAUGAAGGAAGAUGGUCAGCCCAUCUCCUCUACCUAUGACCCUGAAUGA